AAAAUAUUUUGAAAAUGGCGUAGCAGGAGGGAAAUAUUUAAGUUGUAAAAGUGAUUAACAAGAUUAGAUUAAACUAAACCAUUAACAAUAAUUUGAAUGGCGUCUGUCAUGGAUGUGGUUUUGGUGCCAUUUGAUAAAGGAUUAGUCACUCAGCUAUAUGACAGGAAUGAUGUUUGCAGUGUUAAAGGUGGAUUCAUUAAAGGCAGCCAGUGCACGUGGCUCGCGCGGGGCCCGCGCCUGUACCUCGCCUCGACCGCGGACGGCUCCCAGGCGGACCUGUGGACCUUCGCGGACGUGGCGGGGGCGGGGGGCGAGGCGGGGCCCACCACCACGGAGGCGACGUGCGUGGCCGAGCUGGCUCCCGGCGACGGGGGCCCCGCCCGCCAGCUGCUGGUGGGGCUGGACCACAACCACACCACGGGGAUGGUGUGCGUGUACGACACGCGCGUGAGCCGCGUGGUUCGCGCAGUGCACGUUCCCGGCCCGGUGACGUCGCUGGUCGUGGUGGACCACGGGCUGGGCAGCCGGGAGUCGCGGCAGGCGCUGCACCAGGUCCUGCGGGAGAUGGACGGGAUCCUCGCCGUCGGCCUCUCCAAGGGAGAAGUGUUCCUCGUGGACCUCCGGCGGUCGGACUUUGAACAUGCCUCACAUCACUCACAUUUUCGAGAUGAGCUUAAUUGCUGCUAUCUGCUGCCUGUCUCCGCGAGUAACCCUCGCCUCCGCAACGAGGAACGGCUCAGGAGGCAAGAAGGCGACCACCUGUGUGUCUUCAUCAACAGCAUGUACCUGAGGGAAACUGGCAUGCUGGUGGACAAGACAGCGCAGACAGGCUGCGAGCUGAUUGGCCACGACGUGUCUGUGUCGUGUAUGCAGUUCGUCCCACUCAUCGUCGGGCUUGUCGUGGGCUAUGAUGAGGGUUUCUUUCAGCUCUGGAACAUCAGGACUUUGAAACUGGAGUUCUCGAGCUACGUGCGGAACAAGAUGCUGGGCCGGCUGUCCCACGUCGUCUUCCAGGAGCCGAAUGACGACCCGCACCCAGUGUGCUACCUGUGGACCGCUCACGAGGGCACGCGCCAGCACGCUGCCGUGCUCUACUCUCUGGUGUACGGCCAGUGGGACCACAAUAGCUGCCACGAGUACCUGUACAAGGGGUUCGUCAGUGCGUUGGAGCUGUCGGUGUGUGACAUGGCCCUAGGGCCAGGAGAAAAGGCUUGUUUUCUCGACUGCUACUGCCUGGACAGAGUCAAGGAGACAGUUAGAAUUCAAGGGUCGGAGGAGGCGGACCUGAGCCUCGCGGUGUUCGCGUGGGAGAAGCGGAAGGGCGGGCGCGUCACCACGCACGCCCACCUGUUCGACAUGAACGAGUGGCUCAAGGAGCACCGCUGCACGGAGGAGGACCGCAUGCAGCGGUCGUGCGUGGCGUUCCCCGUCCCGGACGGCGCCCUGGCGCUGGCCGUCCCGCCGGGGUCCCUGCGGCACUUCGCCACGCUCCAGCGGCUCGACAAGCACCUCUCCCCGCACGCCCUGUCCUUCCAGUGGCUGGCCCUCAUGCCGGAUGGCGUGGAGAAGGGCUGGUGCGAGGGCGUGCAGAGGACCCUGGUGUCGGAGAUCCUCUCCCGGGGGCCCACCUGUCUCGCGGACCCUGGUCUGGUUGCCCGGUGCGUGGACGCCAGCCUGCAGCCGACGAUAGGGUGCGACGAGCUGCCCCAGACGGAGACGGAGCGCAAGAAAUUCCUGCUGAACCUGAUGCUGGAGUACUGCUACUCGCCGGACGUGUUCCUCGGCUCCAGCGACAAUGCGUCGGACUUCCGGCUUCUGUCGCUGCUCCACGCGUGGGGCUGGGAGCGCGCGCAGAGCCUCAAAGACAACAUUGACCACCUCAGCGUGCGGCUGUUUGACCUGACCGGAGUGCGGGUGGACGAAAUGUGGCACUCGGAGCUGCGUCACUGUGGCACCCAGCUGCUCACCUUGCACAUGCUGUUCAGCCAGCUGGAGAGACUGGCGGGCGAAUCUCUGUCGAACAUCUGGGAGCACAAAGAAGGUAUCAUGCUGAUGCAUGUGUACUACGUGGUGCUGCAGUGGUUCGUAACAAAGGGACUGCUCCCAGAGUCCAUGGACGGCCGCUACGGUAUCCCCUACCCAGUUGUGGAGAUCAAGCAGUUCUACUUGUCCAGGAGGAGGGAUCUGGCGGAACGUGGCCAGACGCUGUUCAUCGACCAGUUCUUGGAGCGGGAGUGCGAGCAGGAAGACCUCUUGCGACUAGGGCUCGCGAACGGCCGGUACCCACCGCUCUCGGUGCAGUGCCUCGUGAAGAUGUACCUGCUCAGUGAGAUACCGCUCAACGUGAAGAACAUCCUCACCACUUACGUGUUCAAGGAUGUAAUCGUUCACCUCGACGAGAACAGGCGACUGUGCGCAACUCAGGAACUGGAGGACUUUUCAACCAAGCUGCAACUUACAGAGAGUGUGGUACGGCUUGCUGAGUCUUUGUGGCUCUUUGAUCACGGAUCUUUCCAGGAGGGGGUGGCGGUCCUGGCAGACAACGGGGUGUCUCCCGGUGACGUGAUGCCGUGGCUCCACACCAGCAUAGUCAAUACACUCGUGUCCCAGCAUCAGUUCGCACCGGCCCUUGCCUUCAUGAGGUGGAACAAGAUGGCGUCUAAGAGCAAGGACGAUGCGAGGUUGUACCUGACGGUGUGCCUAGCGGAAAGGAGUUUCGACACUGCUGUCCAGUUCGUCCAUGAAUUCUGCCGUGAAGGAACGUGGAGAGAUGUGUUGCAGCACUUCUUCAUUAGUUGCGAGAGAUCGGGUUUGCUGAGGAAAGUUAUGCAUCAGCCCUUGUCGGAUUACGAGGAGCAGGAGUUUCUGAACUACUUGCGACGUUCCAGCUCUCUCGAUUCUGAAGACAUGAGAGUGCUGUACUUCACUAUGCGUGGCAGGGUGGCGGAGGGUCUCGCCGAGAAUGACCGGAUAAAUCGAGAGAGGCUCCACAAGCCGCGCCGACGGCCCCUGCACUGCGACGAGGUGCCCUUGAGGCAGGUCAUGGCCAACAUCUACAGGAAAGUGCGGCCGAAGGACUGGGCGGUGGAGGAAGAUCAUCAUUUGUCAUUACUAUUACCCACCAUGGAGAAGACCAUGUCUGAUGACAUCUUACAUGAAAAAAACAGUGGCUCCGCGAAGAGGCCGACCCUGUCCCGCGAGGUGAGGUCGACGCUCCACAGCCUGUACGUGAGCUCUCCGGGGCUGCCGCCCGUCCUCGGAGCCCAGCCGGCGACCUCCACCCCACAAGGGAUCCUCAAGCUCGUGGACCUCACUGCCCCUCCGACCCAGGUGCGCUCGUACCCGAGCACCAGGGACACGUCGGUGGAGACGCUCGCCACCGCGUCCUCCACGGCUCACCUGGACGACGUGGCGGAGAGCGAACCGGCCACCCCUGCGAAGCGUAUCCAGUUCAGGAUAUCCCCGGACUCCGAGGAUAAGAUGGAGUGUGACGAAGGUGUGGAUGAACAGGAAGAGGAAGCAGAGGAAAUAUCUGCUCUGAAUACGAAACAUGAGAAGAUGGUUAAUGCGAAGACUGUAGGUUUCUGCAAUGAAAAAGAGGGUGCAUAUGACACUUUGGCUCAACGCUUUUCCACGAAUGAAAACGAGUCUGACAAUGAAGUUGUACCUUCUGAUGAUUUACGACAAUCAGGGAUGGCAGACGAGAUACAGAGAGCCAUUAAAGAAUCUUCAGUGGUCAGUAACAAUUCCAGCAAUUUCGACACAGCAAGUGAAAAAUCACGAAGUGAAGAAAGUACAGCUGCACAAACGCCAGUUUCACAAACUACGACUAAUCAGUCACUCUCUUCUUCACCUUGGCUGGUGACUGAUGUUUCGCGUUUCAGCAGAAGCGGUAUUGGUCCACGUAGACCGCUUCCUUCGACAAGUCGGGAGGCAGCAUCAAAGAUGUUGGUGUCAACUGUUACCAAGAAAACUAGAACAACUGAGUCCUCAGUGUCAAUAGUUGAGGAAGUUGAUUUGGGUUCUACUCCUGAAAGGCGUCGUUUAAAUUUUGAUGCUGAAGAUCCUUCCGAACGUAGCUUAGAAACUGCACCUGAAGAAAGAUGUGAAAUUGGGAAAAUAAUUACAGUUGAAGUGGAGAGAAGAGAGUCAUUUCAGAUUUGUAAUACUAGAAAUGAAAAUGGUUCAUCUGCUCUUGAUACUUCAGGAGGAAGCAGCAUUGAAGAUGUCCUUAAUAUUGACAUUUCUGAUGAAAUUUUUAGUGAUGAGACAUCAAAAGUAGGAGGUAAGUUACAAUUGUACAGUACUGCGAAUUUAGGUGAAAAAAGUGAUACCAUUAAUGUUUCACAAAUUAAAAAUGCUUGGUCGGAUGAAACUGAAAAACAUGUGCUGAAAAGUCUUGAAAGUGAUAUGUCAAAAUCAUUGCACAUGGUUAACGAGCCUUUAUUAAAUCAGCCAUUGAAUCUGUACGAAACAUGCGACGCUAGUGUCAUGCCUGGAGAAUCGUCGACUUACGUAUCGAUGCAAAGAGGUCUAGAGGCAGUUACUUCAGAAACAACUCGUGAUACAACUGUUCAUGGUUUCCGUACCCAACGCACAAGCAAACCAAGUAUUUCCCCACCUGCUCAUGUAUCAUUCACAAAUAAAACACAAACUGGAAAUGGCAUUUAUCUGUUUCCUUCUCGGAGAAAAACUAGCUCUGUUGUAACAGAAAUGAGCAUGAAAGAUAUGCAAAGCCCUUCAGGAAAUAUUAUGCCAGCACAGACAUCAGUUGAGACUGAAACUACUUCUUUGCAUGAGGAAGGAAGUAAAGCUUUGGCGCUUACAAUUAAGUCUACUGGUUCUAAAGAAAAUAAAGGUACUGAUAUAGUGGUCUCUGCAGGUUUACAAAAUACUGUACCCCGCGAAGCUAAAAAAAUUCCUUUUGGUUUGUCUCUAGAAUUACUAAGUAGAGAGACUCAUAGUAGUUUGGCGCUUGAGGAUUUGGUCCAGGAAACAGAAUCCAGUUGUGGCAAUCAGGGAACAACUGGGGAUAAAGUGUCAAAAAUAUCUGGUGAUGUCACCCUCAGUACCAUCGCCCAGGUUGUUACAGAUGAAGUUUCGAAGACUGCCAAUACAUGUAGUAGUCUUGUAGACUGUUCUGAUUAUUUAAAGCAAUCAGUAUCGGUUAAUUUAGCUGACAAGCCAUCUGAGGGAACCAUAUGUAUGAAUGAGAAAACUGUAAAGAAGAAAAUGUCAUUGAAGCAGUUGCCAGCAGAAGCUUCGAGUGAACUGUUACCUAUUUCUUCGGCAUGUGAAGAUGUAGAGCAAGCAGCGAGAUCCAUGGUAAAGAUAGUAGCUGAGUGCCAGGUAACGAGUGCCACUCCAGACAUGUCACCUGAUGGUCAGAAUGUUGCAGCUGAGGAACGUAUUGUUGAGACGUCUGAGACUAUGGUUACGUCAUCAGAGGCACUUGAAGAAUGCACGGGAGCAGUACAGAAACCAGUGGUAGUAAGUUUUUCUGAUCAACAAAAUACAGUUAAAAAUCACAUAUCACAUAGUGUUUGCCAGGAAAGUGCUGAAUGUGAGACAGAAACAUCUGGAUAUGAUUUACUGAGUGCAACAGUUCAAGCUCAAGAUGCAGUAUCUGCAGGUGUUGGAAGAGGCGAAUCAAUUCCAAAUGAUUUGCCAUCAAAAAUCUCUGAACAGAGUUCAUCAAGCUGUGUAGGAAAAACCCACGAGAGACAGAGUUUUAAGACGAAUGCUUCCAUUUCUAAUGAAAGUGAUGAAAAUAAUGAUAAAAUACUGAAUGUUGUAGACUCAUCAGUGAAAGUAGUUGUUGAAGAUGUAUCUCAACAACAGGGUACUGAAAUAGUUUGUACAGACAGUAUGGAAAUGAAUAUGAGUGGAACACCUAGUGUUGUCAGUUCAUCACAAAUGGAAGAAUUGCCAUCUAGCACAAUUAUUCGUGAAAGUGUAGUUGAAGAAGUGAAAGAGCCUGUAGAACCAUCAGAAACUUUGACGUGUAUUCCUGUUGAGUCAGUUACUGAAGUUGAAAUAGCCAGCACACAGGUUGUUCUUAAGAGUGGCAUUGAAAGUGGACAGAGAGAAAACAUCAAUAUUAGCAGCAAAUCAUUUCUAAAGAGUCAGGUGUCUGGCUCCAAAGCUAAACAAAUGGCUGUUGAAAGAGCUGAAACUACUGAGGUGUCAUGUUCAUUAUCCAUUGAAAAUGAUGUUAAUAAAACUUGUGUUGGUGAUUCACUAUCAAUAUCAUCUUCAGAGGAUUUAAGAAGUACUGGCUCUCGGGUAGAUGCGGUUCAGUCAGUAUCGAAUUUGACUUGUGCUUCAUCCACUGUGCCAUCAGAGGCAGUUGAAAGUGGUCAUAAAGCUCAGGAGAGUGGUAGGGGUGAUUCUGAAAAUUUAACACAAUGUUUGCCAACAAAAGCCAUAGAAGAACCUGUAAUAUCUGCAUCUGUUUUUUCAGCAGCAAGUCAGCCACCAACAGAUAAAAAUAGUGACAAUGAUAAAAUUGACAGUACUUCUUCAGAAGUGGUUCAACCGAAUUUAGAAAUAAUUGAUUCUCAACAGAAUGAAGUCAUGGAAUUUCAAAAAGGCGAUGAAGGUGGUGAUGUAUCAUCUGGCAUAGUUACUGAAACAAGCAGUGACUUAAUAGGAAUGCAAGACGUCGUUGCUGCUGAGUCACAACCAGAAUCGAGCAACGUUGUAGUGGGUGCUAGUGAGAGCGACGUACAACAAACUGCCGAUAAUUCACGUUCCAGUUUGUUGGGGCAGGAGUCUCAGGAAGCAGGAUUGCAUUCAGAGGAUAAAGGCAGUGUUUCAACUGUACCUGCGGGGGGUGUUUUAGAACUGCGUUCCAGGUCUGUGGACAGAUCUCUAGACAGCGCCCACUCGCCGAUGAGCCUCGGCGUUAAACGCGAGACCCCGCCUUCGCGGCCGCCCGCCGGAGCGCUGAAGAGACGCCUGAGCAUGUCGGUGCUCGACCUGAACCUGGGGGAGGAGGCAGAGGUCAGCACACCGCCGCCCCGGAGGCAGCGGAGAGCCAGCCUGUCGUGCAGCGAUGAGCUGAGUCGCACCGCCCCGUCCCCUCGGCGGAGCCUCCGGCUCAGCAGCAGGGACGACGACGCAGGCUCCACCGCCAGCGCGCCCGCGACGAGGAGGGUCGCCCGCGACAAGAAGAGGACUCGCACGCCCAAGAAACUGCUGCAGACCGUAUUCGAGGACACGGAGCUAUCCACGGAUGGAGCAAAGGCGAAGCUCGAUGCAGAGAAUCCUUCUCCAGACACGAGGCUCUCUAAACUGUUCAUGAUGCCACGUCGCCUGACCAGAAGUCAGCUCAGGAUGAUGAAACAAAACGUGAGGUUGGAGGAGAUUCGCAGUUUCAGCAACAAGUCGCCGUCCUCAGCGGGCCAGAUGUCGGCAGAGGACGAUGCGUCGGACGAAGAAGGUCCCCCGCCGUCCCUCUGCGGCUCGGAAGUGUCCUCGUUGGUCACAGUCUCUGAGGAUCAGUCCGAGGGUGGCCAGUCUCCACGCGUCAGGCGACGCUCCUACAACCUGCGCAGUCUCGCCUCGCUCUCUCCCGUGUCUGAAGUGUCCCGAGCCCAGUCGACGUCGAGUCACGACGACAUCAGCUCCGUCGUGUCUGGCAUGUCGGAGUCUCGGCACAGAGACCUCGAACUCGGGUCCCCCCUGAAGGAUGGUGUUAAAGGAGGCAGACCGUCCCGUAAGACACGUAGCAACCGUUUGUCAGUGCCUGCCCCAGAGGAACUGAGCAGUCCCACGGACAGCCAGCAGUCCCAGGCGACAGAAGAGGAGGGAAUAAGUAAAACAAGACAAGUACGGAGAUCACCCCGCAGAUCACAGAUCAGCGAUUCUCCACAACAGGCGUUUACGAGUCUCAGUGACGCUGGUCCGUCGCCGGCUGCGAAAGAUGAUGAAGCCAGCAGUUCCUCGUCGUCGGACCGCCACAUGCUGCCACGGCUCACAGUUCUUCGGCAGAAGAGAGACAAGCGCCGGCAAGCCAGGCAGGUUUCCGGCGCCGCCAACCCCACCAAGAAAACCAAGGUCUCUGCAGAGGACAGUGCGUCCUCGUCCAGGUCGGGCCACGCGCGGUCCCGAUACAGCCGCUCCGCGGUGCACGGACGCAAGAGCGUGAGGGUGCGCAGCUCCCUGCCGGCUGCGAAGAGCACGGACGUGUAGUGCCGGCACGGCACAUGGCUGCCACCGGACCAGUCCGUCGUGGUCGCUUUUACUACCGUCAUUUGUGUCUGUAGUUCAUCGGCAGAGAUGGCAUGUUUAUUAACAAUUAAUAUUUUAUUCACAAUUUGUUGUUUUAAAUAUUUUGGUGUCAACAGGGUCUAUUACCAUGAUUAAAAGCACAAAAAUACAUAACUGAUUUACUUUUUCAUAGUGAUUACUCAUGUUUCAUUUUUUUUUCCUGACAAGGAGUUAAUACGGAUGGCAACAGUAACACGAACGUACUCUCGUGGGGGGGGGGGGGGGGGGGGGAUGAUUUUGUAGUACUGGUAUGACAUAACAACUUUCCAAGUAUCAGACAUGCAAUGGUCAUUGUAAUUAUCAAAAAUUCUAAUUUGUAUAUGAAUUUUCAGUUAGGCUACUUCCUCACCCAGGAAGCCUUUGUGGAACACUUUUGUGUAUCAUGGCCCCAUGUUUCAAUGUUUUUUUUUUUUGGUUGGGUUUUAAUUGAACUGACAUGUGCAAACACCUUUUUUCCUUUUCUGUUCUCAUGUUGGCGUAUUAUUCCUGUUAAGUUAAAUCUUUGUGAGUGGUCGACAUGUUUUUAAAAUAAAAGAAAAUGUUUUUUUUUUUUUUUUUGAGAGUUAGGUGGAGAAAUGAGAUUGUGAUCUGUUUCAGUUAGAUAAUCUAAUUAUGAUUUAAAGCACUGAGAUAUUUUUCAUUUCUGAAUUGUGCUAAAAUAAUUGUUAGUAUUAAUAGUUCCACAUAUUUCUGGGAAGCAGUUAAAUAGACCUAUGUUCGCUGUAGCUAAUAUUCCUUCCUCAUCCCAUGUUAAGAAUUGUUGGGCAAAAACCUGUUGGCUUCACAGUAGGAAGGCCCUGCAGGAUAAAAAUUAUCAUUCCCAUUUCACAGUUACGAUGUUGCAAGCUCUGUGAGAGGUGCGUCUUGAUUCCAGGAUCUAUGCCCCAAUGAAGAAUUGUGUAUGAAUUUUUUUUUUGUAAACUAAUGUUAUUGUACUAUUUUAGUGUAAUUUGAUGUUCAACAAUUAAUUUGUUGCUUCUUACAGAAUUAAAAACCUUUUAUGGGCAUCUUAUUUUGAAAAUUUCCACGUGAAAAAUUAGUUUAAAGCAUAUAAUGGUGAUAAUUAUUACAUAUGGUUACAAUUAUGCUUGCUUUUACAUUAGACUGUUUGACUGUAUUUUCCAUUUCUAUUAAGCUAAUUUUUCACCUAAUUCAUUUAUCUGAAAUCUUACUAAAAAUUUAUGGUGUUAUAUGUGGAAAAAUGACAUUUGUUAAUUUCAACACAAUAUUAGUCUUUAUGAUUUUAUUAUUGGGGAUCUCAUAAAGUUUUUACCACUGAUUCAUUACUGCAACUAACUAUAUUACAUUAAGUGGAAUGAGUUUUGACAAAUAUCAUAGUGUUUCAGUUUUUGUAUUAUGCAAAGUUUUGGAAACCAGGUAAUUAAUGUUUCUUUCUGUACAGAAUUUUUAUAGCAGCGUACUUUUUAUGGUAAAUAAAAACCAGUUUUUUU